CCGUAACUGGACUUGAAUCUUCUUCUUGAAGGGCGUGGAGGUUGCAGGUUGCAGUGAUCCUAUGAGAGCACAUGGAGAAAAGCGAAUGAGCGAAUACCUCUUUUGCUAGAGAUAGAAAAUGAAGACGUCCAUGGCUGUCCUUUCUUUGGUCCUUUUCUGGUUUUCAAUACUCAGUCAUUCUAUAGCCGAUCAAGCCUUUGAUGUCCGUCAACACCUCUCCACUGUAACCAGAUAUGGUGCUGCGAAAGAUGUGGGUUAUGGUUCCUUUGAACAGUCUAGUAUUUAUGAAGGGUGCACUCCUAUCCACUUAAACUUAGUGGCGAGACAUGGAACUCGUUCCCCAACAAAAAAACGGAUGAGAGAGCUGGACCGGUUGGCAUCUCAUUUGGGAGAACUUAUAAGAGAUGCAAAGGAGCAGAACUUAUCUUUGCAGAAAGUUCCGAUCUGGUUACAGGGUUGGAAAUCUCCUUGGAAAGGGAAAUUGAAAGGUGGAGAAUUGAUUAGCAAGGGAGAAGAUGAAUUAUAUGAUCUUGGAAUCAGGAUUAGAGAAAGAUUUCCAGAUUUGUUCAAGGAGGAAUAUCACCCUGAUGUGUAUCCAAUAAAAGCUACACAGGUUCCUCGAGCAUCAGCCAGUGCUGUGGCAUUUGGGAUGGGGCUAUUGAGUGAGAAGGGAAGCCUUGGACCAGGGCAUCAUCGAGCUUUUGCAGUCAGCAGUGAAAGCCGUGCAAGUGAUAUAAUGCUUAGGUUUUAUGAUUCUUGUGAAAACUACAAGGCUUUUAGGGGGAGCCAAGAGCCAGCCGUUAAUAAGCUCAAGGAGCCCAUUUUAGAUGAAAUUACAGCUGCGCUAGUGAGCCGUUUUGAGCUUAAUUUUACAAGACAGGACACUGCUUCUCUGUGGUUUCUCUGUAAGCAGGAAGCAUCCUUGUUGGAUAUAACAGAUCAAGCCUGUGGUCUUUUCAGUCCUUCUGAGGUGGCUUUGCUGGAGUGGACAGAUGACUUGGAGGUGUUUAUAUUGAAGGGUUAUGGUAAAUCAAUAAACUAUCGAAUGGGAGUCCCACUGCUUGAAGAUGUUGUUCAGUCCAUGGAGCAAGCUAUUAAGGCACAGGAAGAACAACUUGCACCUGGAAGUUAUGAAAAGGCAAGACUAAGGUUUGCACAUGCAGAGACUGUGGUUCCUUUUACAUGUUUGCUUGGACUUUUCCUUGAACAAUCAGAAUUCCAGCAAAUACAAAGGGAACAGCCUUUGGAACUUCCUCCAAGGCCUCCCCACAGUAGAAAUUGGUGGGGCAGUAGUGUAGCGCCUUUUGCUGGCAACAACAUUCUGGUCUUGCACAGUUGUCCUUCAAAUCCAUCAAGCAAGUACUUCAUCCAAGUACUCCACAAUGAACAUCCCAUUCCAAUGCCGGGUUGCAAUAAUUCUGAUUUCUGUCCAUUUGAAGAGUUUAAGAAAAUGAUAGUUGCUCCUCACUUAAAGCACGACUACAACGCACUCUGCGCUAAGAAGCUGGAACAACCAGAGCUGAAGCCUGAAACCAGUAAGUUGUCACAACUGUUCCGUUGGCUCUUCUCAAUGGGGAGAGACGAGACACAGUCCACCAAAGCCGAAUUGUAGCUUCUUAGUCAUUAAACAAAGAGAGAACCAUUCUUACAUGCUACAUUUUCCUCGUUUGGACGCCAUCAUUUUUAUGAUUUUCAUCCUAGGGGAGCUCUUCCUUUUAGCAGAGUUCCACCUGAAUAAAUCCUAUUCUCAAUAUUAACAAAGUAUCUCUGACUGAACGAGUUCACUGAACUCCCUAUUCUUUUACAUUUGAGGCAGCGUUUUAACAUGUUAUCCUUUUUCCUUGC